AAAAAAAAAAAAUCAUAAAGUAUCUUCCUUUUUUUGUUUGGGUCAAAAAAAGUAUCUUCCUUUUUGUCUGAAACAGAGCUUUUAAAGUCAACUUCGAUCUCUUUUGCAAAAAAGUGUUUGCCUUUUCUUCUGUAUUAACGUAUCUAGCGAUGUCAGGUUACCCUCCGACGAGCCAAGGUUACGGUUACGGCAGCGCAAAUCAACCGCCGCCACCUUACUCCUCCGGCGGAAACAAUCCAUCGUACGGAUCAUCUCCUUACGCUGUCCCCUACGGCGCACCAAAGCCGUCAUCCUCUUCCGCGCCGCCGUCUGCUCCGUCCUACGGCGCAGCGCCUCCUUCAGCACCCUACGCGCCUCCUCCUUCUGCACCGUACGCGCCGCCUUCAUCAGGGGACUACAAGCCGCAAAAGGAGAAGCCUUACGGCGGUUACGGAGCUCAACCACCGCAGCCUGGACCUUCAGAUUACAGUAGUUACGGUGCUGCUCCGGCGCAGCCGGGUUACGGAGCUCCACCGAAGCAUGGACCUUCAGAUUACGGUAGUUACGGUUCUGCUCCACCACGUCCAGCACAGCCUGGUUACGGAGCUGCUCAACCUCGUCCGGGGCACGGAGGAUACGGAGGUUAUCCUCCUCAGGGAUCUUAUGGAAGUCCCUUUGCUUCUCUGAUUCCUUCUGGUUUUGCUCCGGGGACGGAUCCGAACAUUGUGGCUUGCUUCCAGGCUGCUGAUCAGGAUGGAAGUGGGUUUAUUGAUGACAAGGAGCUUCAAGGAGCUCUCUCCUCUUAUCAGCAGAGAUUCAGUAUGAGAACUGUUCAUCUCCUUAUGUAUCUGUUCACCAAUAGCAAUGCCAUGAAGAUCGGACCUAAGGAGUUUACAGCACUUUUCUACAGUCUUCAGAACUGGAGGUCUAUCUUUGAGAGGUCUGAUAAGGAUAGGAGUGGGAGGAUAGAUGUGAAUGAGCUGAGAGAUGCGCUUAUGAGCCUUGGUUUCUCAGUUUCUCCUGGGAUUUUGGAUCUUCUAGUUUCUAAAUUUGACAAAAGUGGUGGCAAGAAUAGAGCCAUUGAGUAUGAUAACUUCAUUGAGUGCUGUCUCACUGUUAAGGGACUGACAGAGAAGUUUAAGGAGAAGGACACAGGAUACUCAGGGUCAGCUACUUUUACUUACGACACCUUCAUGCUCACUGUCCUCCCUUUCCUCAUCGCUUAA